CAAAUUCAAAGCUGAAAUUUGUAACCCUUGAUUUGAGUAUGGGUGAACCCGAAAGGAAAGGGGCCAAGGCCAAGCGAAGACAAGGCUGGACCCAGCAAAACCAAAAUCAGCACUCACCAGCCUAAACCACCCUUCUCCAGAGUCCACUCCCCUUUCUUGGCGGCUCUCCUUCUCUAUCCCCAUCGCCAUUUUCAUUUCACUUCACAUCAUUCCAUCCCAAGCUCCCGCGAUCCACUCCAACCCAUCUUCUAUGAGACGAAACUCCAAACCUCUCCGCCAUUCAUGAAUGGAGUCCUCACCUCCGCCGCCGUCCGGUACUCCAAGAUGUUGAGGAAACCCAUGGCCAUUAUCGUCGCUCCAGGUGAGUCCUCCCUUCUCCUCUUCUCCCUCCAAAAACCCAUUUCUUCCAUUGCUUCUUCUCUUCCCGCAGAUUCCGAACCACCCGAACUUUCUUCCCAGCUCUUCUCCAUCCUAUCUCGACCAAAUUGGCGGAAACAUCCUUCCCUCAACAAGCUUCUUCCUUCUAUAUCACCAUCUCAUGUUUGUUCCCUUUUUACCCUCAAUCUUGAUCCCCAAACUGCUCUGGGUUUCUUCAACUGGAUUGCUCUUAAACCCGGGUACAAGCACGAUGUUCAGUGUCACUCUUCGUUGCUAAACAUCUUGAUUCCUAAUGGGUUUUUUCGGGUUGCUGAGAACAUUCGGAUUUCCAUGGUCAAAGCUUGUGUUUCGAUUGAAGAUGCGAGAUUUGUGUUGGAGUUGUUGCGGCGGAUGAAUCGUGAUGCUAACCUUGAGUUUAAGCUCACUUUGAGGUGCUACAAUAUGUUGUUGAUGUCGCUGGCUAAAUUUCUCAUGACUGAUGAGUUGAAAAGUGUUUUUUUGGAGAUGUUGGAUAACAUGGUUGUGCCUAAUAUAUAUACGUUAAAUACAAUGGUAAAUGCUUAUUGUAAAUUGGGGAAUGUUGCUGAGGCAAAGUUGUACGUAGCUAAGAUAGUCCAAGCUGGUUUGAGUCUGGAUACGUUUACUUAUACUUCUUUGAUACUGGGACAUUGUAGGAACAAGGAUGUAGAUACUGCUCGUAAGGUGUUUGAGAUAAUGCCGAGAAAGGGUUGUCGAAGGAAUGAGGUUUCAUAUACGAAUCUUAUACAUGGCCUUUGUGAAGCUGGCCGAAUCAAUGAUGCUUUCAACUUGUUCUUUCAAAUGGGGGAGGAUAAUUGCUUUCCAACAGUGCGUACCUAUACAGUCCUUAUACAUGCAUUGUUUGGAUCGGGUAGGAGAAUUGAAGCAUACAAUUUAUUUAAGAAGAUGGUAGAGAAGGGUUGUCAGCCAAAUGUUCACACUUACACUGUUCUUAUUGGUGGUUUGUGUGAGGAAAGUAAGCUUGAUGAAGCCAGAAAUAUGUUGAAUGGGAUGUUGGAAAAACGGUUAGUUCCUACUGUGGUAACUUACAAUGCUUUGAUUGAUGGAUACUGCAAGGAAGGAAUGUUAGAUGCCGCACUUGAAAUCUUGGGUUUGAUGGAAUUAAACAAUACUUGUCCAAAUGCUCGAACAUUCAAUGAAUUGAUUUGUGGGUUUUGUAAAAGGAAAGAUGUGCACAAGGCAAUGUCAUUACUAAGUCAGAUGCUAAGCCGGAAGCUGUCUCCUAGCGUAAUCACAUAUAAUUCCUUAAUUCAUGGGCAGUGCAAGGUUGGUCAUUUAGAUAGUGCAUAUAGGUUGCUGAAUUUGAUGAAUGAAAGUGGUUUGGUUCCUGAUCAGUGGACUUAUAGUAUUUUCAUAGAUACCCUCUGCAAGGGGGGAAAUUUGGAAGAAGCCCAUGCCCUCUUUGAUUCUCUUAAGGAGAAAGGAAUAAAGGCAAAUAAAGUCAUAUAUACUGCUCUUAUUGAUGGGUAUUGUAAGGUUGGAAAAAUCAAUGAGGCACAAUCUUUGUUUAACGGAAUGCUUGGUGAUGACUGUUUGCCAAACUCCUAUACCUAUAAUGUUCUGAUUGAUGGUCUGUGCAAAGAGAAAAAGCUGCGGGAAGCAUCAUUGCUGGCGGAGACCAUGUUGUCUAGGGAUGUGAAGCCUACUGUCCUUACAUAUACAGUUCUUAUAAAAGAAUUGUUGAAAGAAGGCGACUUUGAACAUGCUCUUAAGGUUUUUGACCAGAUGAUUUUGGCUGGUAGUCAGCCUGAUGUAUUUAUUUACACUACAUUUAUUCAUGCAUACUGCAGUGUGGGAAAUUUGGAAAAAGCAGAGGAUUUGAUGGUCAAGAUGAAUAAAGAGGGAGUUUCCCCAGAUUCAUUGACCUACACAUUAUUAAUUGCUGGAUAUGGACGCAUGGGGUUUAUACAGCGUUCAUUUGAUGUUCUUAAGCGCAUGACUAAUGCUGGUUGUGAGCCUUCUCAUCAUACCUAUGGUUUCCUAAUCAAGCAUAUAAAAAAUGAAGAUGGGAUGAAGACAACUAGUGAUACUGCAGGACUAGAUUUAGCUUCAAAUGCACCCUUUGAAGAUCUUAAUGAUGUGUGGAGCACACUGGAAUUCAAUGUAGUUCAAAAGCUUUUUGAUAAGAUGAAUGAACAUGGUUGUGCACCUAACGUUGGGACUUAUAGCAAGCUCAUCAUAGGUCUCUGCAAACGGAGGUGCUUGGAGGUUGCACAAAUGGUAUUUGAUCACAUGAUAAACCAAGGAAUUUCUCCCAGUGAGGAUAUUUAUAGUGCACUUUUCAGUAGUUGCUGUGAGUUGCAAGUGUAUGCAGAAGCAAUGAAGCUAGUAGAUAUUAUGAUUGAGAGUGGUCACUUACCUUCUCUGGAGUGCUCCAAGUUGCUUGUUUGCGGAUUAUAUGAAGAAGAGAAUGACGAGAAAGCAAAAUCUUUUUUCUGUAGUCUGCUACGUUGUGGGUAUAAUUAUGAUGAAGUAGCUUGGAAAAUUCUGAUUGAUGGCUUACUCAAAAGGGGUUUAGCUGAUAAAUGCUCAGAACUUCUAAGUCUUAUGGAAAAAAUGGGGUGCCAGCUUCAUUCCCAGACAUAUUCAAUGUUGAUUGAAGGAAUUGAUGGAACAUAAGUUUUUGAUACUUGAUUCACCGGAUUCACCGCAGUCUGGCCUUUUGAGAAUAGGCGAUAAUAGCAUGCAGAUGAGCACCCUUUUUGGUGCACAUCUGGGUGAAUAAAUGGUAAAUUUGGUAAACGGAGACACUUUUGUAAGUGCCCGUGAGGUAGUGGCUGUUUAGGAAGAUACACACAUUUUCACUCCGACACUUGGUUUGGCAGCAGCAGUUCAGCACUACUGAACACAUUGAUAUCUGUCCGAAAAUCACGAGAAUCCUUCUGAAAUUUUUUAACAGGAGAAGAGGCUCAGCAUCAUGUGAGACAGCAUCUUCGCAUCAAAUGGAGAUUCUGAAAGGCUUGGAAAAUUUUGAAAAUAUUCUAAUGUCUUAAGGGUAAAUUGAUAACAUGCUGCACAACUCGCAACUGGAGUUUAUCAAAUCCGGGGACUCAUGUGAUGAUUCAGCUAAUUUGCUGGAAGGUUUUCAACUCUCUUGGUGUCAGUGAAAAAUUCCAUUAAUGUGGUCCUCAGGUAUCUCUUCGAAAAGCUUAGGCAGGAAAAAAUUUGUCAAAUUCCCAUUCGUUGGAACAUGAAACCGAAGUCCAGGAAAUUUCUUGUUCCAAAUUGAGAGCUUUGUUUGGCUGGACAAGAAAACUAGAAUCAAGAAGGGAAGCUUGUUGUUGAAUAGAGCUCACUGGACACCUGGACAAGAACUCUACUUGCAUUAAGAGGAAAUCUAGUUGAGUCUGGGAUAUUUACUCAUUCUUGAUACUAGUUGUUGAAUCAUCUUUUCACUGGAAGUUUUAUCCAGAGAUUAAAUCUUUCAAAAACAGAGAAGGCAAGACGUGGUAAAUCUAUACUGUCUCCAAAUUGUCAUUUAGAUGCGGCCCAUUGUUGUACAUAGAAGAGAAAAGAUUUACAUUUUUCUUUUUGAAGUGUUCAUAUAGUAAUGAUUCGACUUGAAUGAAUGAAAAGGAAAGAAAAAAAAAAUCAAAGACAUAGUAAUUAUAGGAAA